AUGGUUUCUCGUAGUCUCUCGUCACAACAACAACUAUCUUCAAAUCUCAGUUCUAUUUCCAUCUCCACCUUCAAUUCCCACCUUAGGUACUUUUGUUCCGAUCACCCGAAACCCAAACUGCAAGACUCAAAUCACGAAACACAAGUAAAACCGCCAAAACCUUGGCCAAUCUUAUCAAUUCCAAACCAUGGUCGAACGCGUUGGUCUCUCCUCCGCCCACCCCACUUUCCAAAACGACUCGUGCUCGUAACACUUCGCCUCAUCAAGGACCCUUCCAAGGCCCUUCGUUUCUUCAAGUGGGCCCAACAAAAGGGUUUUCCCCACACAGCUCGAGUCCUACUUCAUCAUGCUACAAAUUCUCGGGUCGCGAGAGGAACCUCAACGUUGCCCGAAACUUGUUAUUUUCCAUCGAGAAAAAGUCCAACUGAACCGUUAAGCUUGAGGAUAGGUUCUUCAAUACCCUCAUCGAAGCUACGCCGAAGCAGUGGCUCUUUAAAGAGUCCAUGA